AUGGACUACAGUGGAGGACUCACUGGAGGACUCAGCCCUGAAGAGAUUCGCCGAAUUGAUCGAAUAAUGGAUUUGGAAUGGAUGGAAUUCGCUGAAGGGUGGGAGUGGCAUGCACUGAAUUAUGUGAAUCCUCUUCCUCCUAUGAUGCCCUAUCCGUCUUACUGUGUCAGUCGUCGAUGUGGAUGGUGUCGCUUCUCGAUCAAGCCCGGCGAUCUCAUCACAGCCAGAGCAUCUGGUGGUACUGAAACAGUUGCCUUCGAAUCAUGCGAUUCCUUCAACGAUGAAAAGCUACAUGCAACUUUCAGGCGCUGCAUAAGUGAUCACGAGUCAUGUGCAACAAUCGGAUAUCACGUUGGAUGCUCCGAGAUAGCUUCAUCAUUCGGGCUUGAUAAGAGAGCCUUUGUGCAAGUUGCUCGAUAUUCUUACGAGCCUUCAGUUCGGGAAGAUGAGCGGCGACGAGAGUGGAUUUUGAACAACUUGCACCGGAUCAUGAGCCAAAAGUUCACAAAUCUACCACCAGAGAUACUGCUGAUGAUGAACAAACAUCUGGUCCUUCACUAUGCGAUAGCUUCACUAUCUCAUGUCUCUCGGUCGAUUCAAUACACGGUCGAGCCAUUGAAGGAUGUAUGGGCAACUCAUGUCAACCUGGACGGAAUCGAGUAUAUAUCUUCCUUGUCGAACACUCCAAAGCCUGGAAGCCGUUUACUCUGGAGAGAGUUCAAGGGCCAAGAAGAAAACUUUCUUUUCAUCUCAGAAGAUCAUCUCGGCAUUCGCCAAGUUGUUAACAAUCCUGGAGCUGUUACAUCGGUACAAGGUAGUUCAGGCUGGUGGCGAACACUCCCCAUCACCAGCAAAUUCCUCUCAUUCUCUGACGAUGGCCUCAAAUUGCGCAGUUUCGCUGCUGCUCCGUUGAAUCCCACCAUUUGUUGGCCAUAUCCCAUGACCCCAGAUGCGUUGAAAAACAUGGCUUACCACGUCACAAAAGACUCAUCUUCAAGUCUUGGUAUGACCAUCGAAGCUCGCAUGGUGGCUUUGGAGUUCAACGAGCCUGAGAUCACCGGAUACUCUGCUUGUUGGUACAAGGAGCAGCUGGUCGAUCUUCAUACGCACAAGGUUGAAGAGUCGUUGGCCUUUUAUCGUGAGCUGGACGAAAUGGCGAAGCAAAAGUUAGCUACAGAAAAGUCAGACGACUCGAUCGCAAGCCCAGCCCUUCACUGGACUUACCAUCCGUUGAAUCCCGGAGAACGUGUCGAACAAGUCUGGUUGCGCACAAAGAAGGAAGCAGACGAAAGGCGAUCACAGACAUCAGAUGCUGCCACAGAGACUGCGAUAUCGCUGGUCACUAAUCAGUCGCGAACACUCAUCAUGGGAAGAAGCAGCUCACCAUACAGCGAGUGGAAAUGUAUAGCCAAAGAUUCAACGGACAGCCCAAUGCUGGUCUACCUCAGCCCUCGCCUUGGGGGCAUUUAUUUGUUCGCAUCACCGACUGUGAAAGGGAGUGACAAGGAUCCCUUACCAGCAGGACUAGCACCCGAAUGCGAAACAGAUCUUGUUGAGGCCCCAGAUACCUCGCUCGAUGCUGUGAGAGACGUUCAGAUCUGCAGAGAACAGUCUGAGAAAGGAACCAGUUCAAUAUCGGGCCUCUUGUUUCAAUACAAAGAUGGAAGCCAAGCGUGUGUGGGCAAGUUUCGCUUCGAUCAUGCGAAAGAGGUUGUGCCUGUUGCCGACUCGACGUGCUUCUACCUCGGUACCAGAUACUCGGACCAAGGUAGCAGAGUCUUGGGAGAGCUCUGUCUAUCGAAGCCAGGAGAUGAGGAUGAAUCUUUGGAGUGGAGGAGCUGUCUGUGGAAAGGAAGUUUCCCACGUGAGAUAAUGCUAUUGAUGGACACUUGA